AUGAAAUCGAACUCGAAAGAAUCCACGCUUCAGAACUAUUACAAAACGGUCAGUGAGCUUCUUUUCUCUUCGAUAUCUCCUUGUAGCGGACUUGUUGGAGAUGGAAAAGUUGCUUUUAUUCGGGACUCGAUUUACUCGGCGGCGGCGAUUUGGACGCUCUCAAUCGCGUACAAGUCGGUUUCCUCAGAUAACGGCAUACAAUUCGAGCUGGAGCAAAAGGCGAUCAAAAUUAUGAGAGGCGUGCUGACGAGCUUCAUGUACCAGUCUGAACGAAUAGAAGACUACAAACGAGAUCCAUGUCCAGCUCAUGCGAUUCGAGCUUAUUUUGACUGGACUACUGGUCAAGAAUGCGCUAUUCCCGCCGAGGUCCGUUCCUACAAUUCUCAGCAUCAUCUUCAACUUCACGCUGUCGCGCUUUUCCUCAACUAUUUAGCACAAAUGAUCAAAGCAAAGCUAAAAAUCAUCUUUACCAAGUCCGAAAUUUCACUUGUUCAAAACUUGGUCUAUUACAUUGAAAGAUCUUACCGAACUCCCGACUUCGGAAUCUGGGGUCGCGGAAGUCGACACAACAAUGGAACUUCGGAACUUUCUGCAUCAUCUGUUGGCGCUGUGAAAUCUGCGCUUUUCGCAAUUGACGGUGUAAACUUACUCGGCCCAGAAUGCGCAUCUUGGAGCUCAAUCUAUGUCGACCGAGAUGCCUUUUCGCGAAAUCGAAGAACCCUUGAAGAAAUUUUACCGAAAGAGUCAAAAUCAAAAUCAACCGACAGCGCGCUCAUUUCAACGCUCUCUUAUCCUUUCUUUUCGAUUGCUUAUUCAAGCUCCAUUUAUCAAGAGACCAUGCAAAAAGUGCGCUCUGAAUUGGAACGUCCCAACGGAUACAUUCGUUUCAGCAAAGACGGCUUUGGAACAUGUGUUGAAGACAAAACUAGAGGUCACUAUGAGCCAAACGAGCUUAGAAACUUUGACAAAAUCGAAUGCCAGUGGCCUGUGUUUGAUGCUCAAAUGCUGAUAGCUUCACAUUUUACCGGGAAUCAAGAAGAUAUGGAAUAUUUUCGAUCACGCUUCAGAAAUCACUUGAAUAGUAGCUCAAUUUUCUUUCCAACUUUUUAUUUUUUCGACGAGUCUUCUAUUGAUGCUGCUAGAGGAGGCAAAAAUGGUAUUAAAAUGCAUCCAAAACUCUUGGCAAAUCAUCAAUGGGUUCAAUCAGUGGCAAUAAUUGCUCUACUUCUUGACGAUGGAUUCGUGCGCGCUUCGGACAUUGAUCCCUUGCGAACCUACGAUCGCGUUCGCGAUGAAUUCUCGCAGAAUCCUGAUAAUGAAAUUCGAGUAUCACUUAUUUCCGAAAACAGUAAGCUUCGCACAAUGCUCUCUACCUUCGCUGUUGAAUCUGAAACACCUCAACAACUAGAGCCUAUCGUAGUCUGGCCCACGCAAGAACUACAGAAAGCUUUCGCACUGAUUGGAGAAGAUCGCGCGAUGGGGCUAUCAGGGCGACCGAAAAGACCUAUCGGAGUAUUGGGAUCAUCCUGUGUUUACAGGAUAAUGGGCCGAACGAUCGUCACUUACCCACUUGUUUUUGAUGUCUCAGAUUUUUACAUUUCAUCUGAUACCGACACACUCAUUGAAAAUGUUUGGUAUUCUUUGGACUUUCUCCGACAACAUCAUGAAGACAAAGAUCCAAUUUUUCUGUUCGUUCUUCGUGAAGAGCUUUUCAAAGAACGCGCUCUUGGCGCCAUCCUCGAUGUAUUGGCUUGCUUUCGGCGAGGAAAUUGGCGAGGAAUAAGAAUUCGCCUUGGACGUUUGAACUCAUUUGUAGUUAAUUCGCGGCACAGACCUCUUUCUCUUGUCCACAAUCUGCAGGAGAAGAACUCAUUGAUUCUUGGCUCCGAAGGAAUUUUCAGAAAUAAUGAAAACAGAGGCAAACUAUUCCGAGCCACUUCUGCAGCAUCAUUGUAUUCGCAAAGCUCAAAUCACGAUAAAAACUUUGACGUGGUUGACGAAGAAGUUAACGCAUUCGAAUCAAUGGAAGCCAUUCACGAUCUAAAAGAGUUCUACUCUGAAACCGACUCGCUUCACACUAAAAAUCUCAUAUUGAUGAAGCUCUCCAAACUUUAUGGAAAUGAUUUCACUAUGAAUGACAAUGUUACUGUGCGAGAAAAGCUCAACGGAAUCCUCCGAAUUUACACGAAACGCAAGGACUGGUGCAAUGUUCGACUAAUCGCCGCCUAUUGUGAAAAAAUUGUCGACUCGCUUGCUCCAUCUGUCACUACUAUUCUUUGCCAUCAAAAGCACUUAUCACUCGGAGUCUUCGGAGAAGAUGAUGUCAUAAUUUCAUCGCCAUUACCGCCUUCUGAGAUCCAGAAAAUUCUCUUUUCGAAUGUCUUCCCUCACAGUCCUCAGGAAGCGGUGCUCCAGCAGGAGAUCGUUCUCAAUUUGGGCAUGCGGAUUCUUGUUUCAAAGCCACACUUGCUCGAUGGAAUACUCUUCUUGCGCGUUGGCUGGAUCGUCAAAGCAAUGAAGCUUCAGCUUGAAUUUACUGGACAUUCUGAGAGCGAUAUUUUUAGCCUUUCGCCAUCAGAGGCUAUGAAAUUAUUGGAAGAAGUUCUCGCUCCUAUGAAUACAACGAACUCGUUGCAUAUCCGAAGACUUGAUGGCGCUUUACAACGAGCACCAGUUUGCUUUUUCGAGCGAUUCUGGAUUCUCCUCCUUCGAUCUCCUCAGAUUCAACUUGGGAAUGACCUGAUCGAUAGCAAGACAAUAACUAAUCAGCUCGAUCCAAGUGAUACCGCCUAUAAUCUUUUGGUCGAAAAACACUUACAAAACGCUCGAAAGCCAGAAAAGCGCUCGAUCAUGAUAGAAACUUGCAUGCUCAUGGCGACUCUCCUGGAGCGAAAUCCAGAGCUAGAAUUCACUUCCACUUGCAAUAUUGAUCAGAUUAUAACCCGAGCUCAAGAGGACUUCGCUCGAGACUGCCCGACAGAAGACUUCUACGCUGCUAGACCAGAAGACACCCUGAAAUACCUUUCACAUUCAAUAACAGUUUUACUUGUGAGCGAUGGGGAGAUUUCCCUCGCGAACACUGCCGGUUGUAGAGUUCAGUAG